AUGUUGAUAGCUUCUUGUCCUGCUUCGUCUGAAUGCUUGAUUAUCGCUUCUUAUAGGUUGUGGUCUUAUACGGAUUUUCUCGCCGGUUCUUUUCCAUCUUCCUCAUCUGCUGGUCUGGGUUCCCCGGCUGCACAAGGAACAAGUGUCCCUCAGCCACAGCCAGCAUCAAUCAUCGAGGAUAGGUUACUGAACGAGUUGUUGGUGGCACCAGGACGAGAGUUGCUUCCUAAGCUGAGCCCAAAUGGAGAACCAAAUACUAGCUGGUUUAGGCGAAGAAAUCGCAAUGCAAUUUGCAAGUCGAUUUUGAAAUGCUUUCACAGUCUCCUUGAGUUGCCUUAUCCGACGUAUGCACAUGUUCCAUUAGAAAUUCAGAAGAUGUGGCUCCGUUCAUUUGCGCAAGAUUGGAACUGGGACCCUGCUUUCACCAAUGAUGUGCGGACAGCCUUUAAUUUGCAGGCUAGAAAGCAGUACACGAGCAACGUGACUGAGUGGAAGAAAAAAUGGAGGCUGAAGAAGGAUAAACCCAUAUGUCUGAAUCAAGAUGUGCGGGACGGGUUUAAAGCCUAUUGGCAGCUCGAUGCUACAGCACAUAUUGCAGCUACCAACUCUGUUAAUAGAAGAAGCAAGCGUGGUGGAAAAGGUGAAGCAGUACACAAUGGUGGUGCUAAGACACGAGAGGAACGUGAGAUAGAAAUGACUGCUGAAAGGGGUGGUGUGCCACCAGAUUGGUUAGAAUUGAUGAGGGAUAUGCACACCAAUAAACAAACCGGUGAGGUGCAAGAUCCUGUUGCGAGAGAGCUGUUGGCAACUCUGAGUAAGCUGAAGGAGGAAAAAGAAGCACAACUUCAGCAGUCUCAUCAGUUGUCUGCGAAUGAUGGAUCUACAGCUUCUAACAUGCUGUCCCGCGAAGAGAUCAACCAACUGGUUCUCGAGAAUGUUCCUAUUAAGAGGGUUGUCGGUAUGGUAUCGUUCGUACCUCUGAAGCUAUCUCAACCUCAUCAUCUCAGCUCUCUGUUUCUUCCUCGAGUAUUGUUCAGUACAUGGAGCGGAUGA